CUAUGUGAAAAUUCCAAGAUGGCGCGUUCCGUCAUGAGCUGACUCCGUUGGCGGCGCGCGCACCGUAGCGGUAGCGCCCGGGGGGCUGUUUCUGGUCCUCUUCCUCGUCGACGGCAACUUCCUCGGGGCUGGGGGUGCCGUUCAUUCCUUUAGGCUUGUUUUCUUCUUCUGGUUUCAAAAAACCCAGCGGGUGGAUCCAAGAACCGCAUCCGUCUAGCGGCUCUGAGAAACCCAUUUCCCUCCUGCUUAACCGGGGCUGAAUGAGUAACGGCUGGACGGGUAUACAUUUUGAAAACAACUGGAACAAUCUACUAUUCUUCUGGAUUGUAUUGCUUUACAGAAUAAAAUGUUUUUCUGAUUGAGAGUUUAUCUAAUGACCAUGAAUCUGCUUCUUGGAUAUAAUUUCUAUGUUCUGGAAUACUGAAGCUCUUCAAUAUUACUGUCUAUGUGGAAGCCAGCCUUUGUCAUACUUAAUUAAAGAGAUUAGAUUCUGCUAGCAAUGAGUUCUCAAAACCAUUCAGGUGAACUUUCUAGCAGAGAUCAGCCUGUAGAAUUGCUAAACACAUCCAGAGUAAAUCAUACUACAAGUUCUGUUGAUGUGUCUCCAACAGUACCUUUGCAAGUUUCACCUAUGGAUUUUCACGUGGAUCAUCAAUUCUCCAUAUCAGUGGCUGAACCUACAUUACGUGAACAGCAGCUCCAACAGGAAUUGUUAGCCCUCAAACAAAAACAACAAAUCCAGAGACAGAUCCUUAUAGCAGAAUUCCAGAGACAGCAUGAACAACUUUCUCGUCAACAUGAAGUUCAACUACAUGAACACAUAAAGCAACAACAGGAGAUUUUAGCAAUGAAACAUCAGCAGGAGCUAUUGGAACACCAGAGAAAAUUAGAACAGCACCGGCAGGAGCAAGAAUUGGAAAAACAACACAGGGAACAGAAACUCCAGCAGCUUAAAAACAAAGAAAAAGGAAAAGAAAGCGCAGUAGCAAGUACAGAAGUAAAAAUGAAAUUGCAAGAGUUUGUUUUAAAUAAAAAAAAGGCUUUGGCUCAGCGAAAUCUCAACCACUGCAUUUCCAAUGAUCCUCGUUUCUGGUAUGGGAAAACACAACAUAGUUCUCUUGAUCAGAGCUCUCCACCACAGAGCGGAAUGUCAGGCGCUUACAAUCACCCUGUAUUAGGAAUGUAUGAUUCCAAAGAUGAUUUUCCACUCAGAAAAACAGCAUCUGAACCCAAUCUCAAAUUGCGAUCUAGAUUAAAGCAGAAGGUUGCUGAAAGGCGCAGCAGUCCUUUGUUAAGACGAAAAGAUAGUCCUGUAGCUACAGCUCUUAAAAAACGCCCAUUAGAUGUCACAGAAUCUGCAUGCAAUAGUGCUCCUGGAUCUGGCCCUAGUUCUCCAAACAAUAGUUCCAGUAAUAUAAGCACUGAAAAUGGAGUUGGAUCAGUUAUAAAUAUACAAACAGAGACUACCUUGGCUCAUAGACUGGUUAAUCAUGAAGGUUCAAUAACACAGCUUCCAUUGUAUACAUCUCCCUCAUUGCCUAAUAUAACCUUAGGACUACCUGCAGCAACCCCAUGUACUAGUGGAUCAGGACAGCAAGAUUCUGAAAGACUUACUAUUCCAUCAUUACAACAACGAAUCUCCAUAUUUCCUGGCGCCCAUAUCACUCCUUAUUUGAACAGUACAGCAGUGGAUAGAGAAGGGGGAUCAACACACAGCCCUCUUCUUCAACACAUGGUUUUGCUGGAACAGUCAACUGCACAAAAUCCAUUGGUCUCAGGACUAGGGGCACUCCCUCUCCAUGCACAAUCUCUUGUGGGUGCUGAUAGACUAUCUCCCUCAAUACACAAACUGCGGCAGCACCGUCCUCUGGGACGCACUCAGUCUGCUCCCCUUCCCCAGAAUGCACAGGCCCUCCAGCAAUUGGUGAUCCAACAACAACAUCAUCAGUUCUUGGAAAAACACAAACAACAAUUCCAACAGCAGCAGUUGCAUAUUAACAAGAUGUUGCCAAAAUCAAAUGAAGCUUCCCGUCAGCAUGAAAGCCACCCAGAAGAGACUGAAGAAGAAUUAAGAGAACAUCAGACAUUUGUGGAAGACCAAUACAUUGACAGCACAGCAAAUCAAAAGGAAAUUCAAGGAUUGACCCAAAUGGUCCGUGUGAAGCAAGAACCUGCUGAAAGUGAUGAAGAUGGAGAACAACAAGAAUUGGAACCAGGACAAAGGCAAGCAGAGCAGGAAUUGCUCUUCAGACAGCAAACUCUUUUACUGGAACAGCAGCGCAUUCAUCAGCUCAGAAACUACCAGGCAUCCAUGGAAGCUGCUGGCAUUCCAGUAUCCUUUGGUGGACAUCGGCCACUUUCUCGAGCUCAAUCAUCACCUGCUUCUGCCAAUUUUCCAUUAUCCACACAGGAGACACCGUGUAAGCCACAGUUCACAACAGGCCUUGUAUAUGACACCUUGAUGCUGAAACACCAGUGCGUUUGUGGAAACACAAACAGUCAUCCAGAACAUGCAGGGAGAAUCCAAAGCAUUUGGUCACGGCUUCAGGAAACAGGUCUUCGUAGCAAGUGUGAGUGUAUCCGUGGAAGAAAAGCAACUCUAGAAGAAUUACAGACUGUGCAUUCAGAAGCACACACACUGAUUUAUGGUACCAACCCGCUGAACAGACAGAAAUUGGACAGCAGGAAACUGUUAGGCUCUCUGACAUCACUGUUUGUCAGGCUUCCAUGUGGUGGCAUUGGGGUGGACAAUGAUACAAUUUGGAAUGAAGUGCAUUCAUUCAGUGCUGCUCGUCUUGCUGUUGGCUGUGUCAUAGAGCUUGUAUUUAAAGUAGCUACGGGAGAACUAAAGAAUGGAUUUGCUGUAGUUCGGCCUCCUGGUCACCAUGCAGAGGAAAGUACCCCUAUGGGUUUUUGCUAUUUUAACUCUGUAGCCAUUUCCGCCAAACUUCUCCAGCAGAGACUGAACGUAAACAAAAUCCUUAUAGUCGAUUGGGAUGUACAUCAUGGAAACGGUACACAACAAGCUUUCUACAGUGAUCCCAAUGUCCUUUAUAUUUCACUACAUCGCUAUGAUGAUGGAAACUUCUUCCCAGGCAGUGGAGCCCCUGAUGAGGUUGGCAUAGGAUUGGGUAUUGGUUUUAAUGUAAAUAUUGCAUUUACUGGUGGUCUUAAUCCACCAAUAGGAGACCCAGAAUACUUGACUGCUUUCAGAACAAUAGUAAUGCCUAUUGCUCAUGAGUUUGCUCCAGAUAUUGUACUGGUGUCAUCAGGUUUUGAUGCAGUAGAAGGUCAUCCUGCACCCCUUGGGGGAUAUAAUCUAUCGGCAAAAUGCUUUGGAUACCUCACCAAACAGCUUAUGGGGCUGGCUGGAGGACGAAUCAUUCUGGCUCUUGAAGGAGGUCAUGACCUAACAGCCAUUUGUGAUGCAUCUGAAGCAUGUGUCUCUGCCUUGCUAGGAAAUGAGCUUGAUCCUAUUCCUGAAAAAAUAUUACAGCAGACAGCAAAUGUUAAUGCAGUGCAUUCCAUUGAGAAGGUCAUUGAAAUACACAGUAAAUAUUGGCAUUCGCUCCAACAUUAUUCUUCAACAGUCAGUUAUUCUUUGAUAGAUGCACAGAAGUGUGAUAAUGAAGAAGCAGAAACCGUAACAGCAAUGGCAUCUUUGUCAGUUGGAGUUAAACCACUUCCUGAGAAAAAGCUAGAUGAGGAGCCUAUGGAAGAGGAUCCUCUUCUGUAGCAUACUCCUGGUUUGAAAUGCUCCAGUGAAAUUCAUCUUGUCUUCGAAGGCCUGCCAAGAAGCUUUCUCUUGUUAUACCUGCAUCCUGCCCUGAUUUUCUUCCAGGAAGGCAGCCAUGUUGAAAAACAGCCUAAUUACUCCGUAUUGUAAUUGUAUGGAUUAUGCUCAUGGGAAAAAAUGCAGGUGAAGAACAGCAAUAUGAAUUACAGACACACUGAGUGAUCUUCCUUUUUUCCUCAAUGGAAGCUAUAAGAGGCAAGAUACCAGGGAAGUAUCUAGUUGUCAGUUUUUGCUGUUGUUUCAAAAUCAAAGAGUUAACAUGUAUGUGACAAUUUUCAUUUAAAACUGGUGCUUAACAUUUAAUUACAUUAAGACUACUCAAAGUAAAUUCUACUUUUGUUUCAGUAUUUUUGUGAUUCUUGCGUACUUGUGAAUAAGAGUUCUUCAAAACUCAGACCCUGAGGAGGGUUGUUUUUCUUCUUGUGAAGGGUAAAAAGAAAACUAAGCUUUUAUAUAUUCAUUCAAACUAUAUAAAUGUGAAGAGGGAGAAAGAUAGCCAGAAAAGGGAUUGGCUUUGGCAUUGCCAGAGCCAUUGGAAGAGUUUGUGCCUUUUAAAAUAAUAGACUGAUUUGGGCAGCUGUUUUUUCCUGACAUUUUUUGAGUAAUUAUGCCUUAAAGAAAAGAACUUUGCAGCAGUUCCUCUGGCAGAGAAAGCCAAGAAUUGCAUUCUGUAAGAAAGAUUCUAGGAUUUCUGCUAGCACGAUUAUUUAAAGCAAGCAAAGGCCAGAGCUUCUCCCAAACAGUCUACAACCUUAUUUUGAUUUUUCUUUCCUUGCUGUUUAAUUUUUUUAAAAAUUAAGGUAGUUGCCAGUAAUAUGGCAAAUGCUGUUGGGUUUCUUAAGUUCAUUGAUUUUUAAAAAAUCCAACAUCUUCUUCUAUACAUUAUGUAUAACAAAUUAUCAAUUUGGUUGUAAAGGCAUGCACAAAUACAAUUGCAAUUUUUUUAAAAAAUGGAAUGCUUUUUAUUAAAAGCAGAUUGCAUGGGAUAUUGCUUAAUUUUUUAGGUAUAAAUAUUUAUGUACGCUGUAUAAUGAAUAAUAUAAAUAUAUUCCAAACUUAGGAAAAUGACUCUUACAAAUUAUUAAUUAAAUAUUUAUAAUGCAUUUAUAUUAACUAUAUGAAUAAGUGGCAACCCUUGGAAACUCCUUCCAAAGGAUUUGUGGAUUGAAAGGUUAAGAUCUAGUUAAAAUGCCCAUUUUCAAAGUGCAGUUUGGAACAUUAAAAUGCCUAACAUUUUAGCCACUGGGCAACUACCCAACAUAUUAUUUAACUUUUAAGUUCUUCAAUGUUGACCCUCUUUUAACAAACAAAGUAUUUCUGGCAAAUAUUUGUUUGCUACUGCUUUAUUUUCACAUUAGUUUUUCAGAUAAGGGCCAAUUAUUUGCAUUGAUUUUCAUGUUUGGUUUUCAUUUGAGAACUCUGUUUCCAGACAUUAUUUCCUGGACUUACAUAAUUUCUCCUUGGACACUGAAGUUUGCAUAUUUCCAGAUUUUUGUACAGAAAACACUUUUCCUAAUCUUGUGCAUGUUGCAAACUGAUAUGUAUUAUUUUCAGCAUAUUCUUUUCUCAAAAGGAAGGAUUUCACAGUCAUUUUUAAGAUCACAAAUUGAUUGUAUAAUUUCUCAGUUAUUCAGUUGUAGUUGUUAUGCUACCUAAAGAAAAUGAUAAACUUUCAUCUCUUAAAAGCUGAUUAGUAUUAUAAAGAAUAAUGUAUAUUUUCAAUGGCAAGGAUUAUUAAAGGCAUUAAUAAUUUAAAUAAGUUGAAAGAUAUUCUGUUGGUACAAUUAAUACUGAGCAAAUACACAUUACUGUGCUUAAAUAAUCCCUUUAAAGAAUACUUCAAAAUAAAUUAUUAAUAAUAAUAAUAAGGUUUUUUGAGAGUAUGUUAAUCUUCACCAUAAUCUCUUCUACAUUGUUUUUAAAUGAGAGAAGUUGGCCCUCUUGGUGCAGCUGCUUAAAUUUUUAGCAGGGAAAUUAUAAGAGAUUAUUUUUUUUCUAAAGAAACUUUUUUUGUUAUAUUAACUGACAGAGUCAAUUUAUAAUUAUGUAGUUUUGAAAAGCUUUUUUUUUUCUUUCAUUCCAUUAUGACUGGAGUCGUGAGAAUGUAAACAUAAAUUUCGAUGAGUACAGAAGAGCUUUAAGAGUUUAUUUAAUGCAAAAGUUAAUAUGCAAUUUUUAAAGCAGACACUACAAUAUUAAUGUUCAUGCUAACCCAAAUAUGGUUUCUUUUUGGCAUUAGAACUUCCAAGAGCAUACUCUAAGAGUAAAGAUUGAUGAUAAAGAUAAAAUGUAUAUUUUAUAAAAUGCUUUGCUGCUGUGCUCUAAAAAGAUUUUUGUGUGAAAUUACUUGGUUUUGUAUUUUGUUAAUUUACUUUGUUAUUAUAAUUGAUAAAAAGUGUUGAUUUCUGUGAUCACUACAAUUUCAAAUCUAUUUUAUAUUUGAACAUCAAAAUGGUCAAAAAUUAU